GCAGAAACACUUCAUAUGUGUAUGCAGGAAUGUUUUAGUGUGAGUUGAGAAGGUGAGAGCUGUCCUGCAGUUAAGAUUGAAAAUAAGACAACUAGCAGAAAUUGAAAAAUGGGAAGCUCUUAAAACUUCACUUUUUUUUAUUUCUGUUGUAUUUUGGUCGUGUUGAGAAAAGAGACACUUCUUCUCUGAAGCAAAAAAAGAAAACACUGUUCAUUGGACGUUGCCGUGCGUCCGGAGGCGGAGCUAAAUUAUACUGUUUGCAGUGGAUUCCAGCAGUGACUGUUCACAGUGAGGCAGCGGGACCAAAGAAACAUGUUCACCUUGAAAGUCGGAAAACCAAACAUCGGGAAUAAAUCCAGCCUAAUAAGAUGGUUUUUUCAGACGCUGACGCUCAUCAUCCUCCUGGUGUUUAUAUUCGUUGUCGUCAUGCAGCUCUACACCGACCCAAUCAAAGGUUUAACUAAACAUUCAUUUGGUUCUGAUCAGAGCUCAAUGGAGGGAACCAAAAAACCAGAGGGACCGUGCUCCAAGGAGAACGUCUGUCCAUCCAACCAGAUCAGCUUCUCCGUCCAGAGUGGAGCUGCAAACGUUGUUCCUCCAAAGAUCUGUCUCAAUGGAGAACUGGUGUUAGGAACCACCUUGAACAACGCUGGAAGUGGAAUCAACAUCGUAGUGAUGAACGGUAAAACCGGAGAGCUACUCAAGUCGGAUCACUUCAACAUGUACAGCGGCAAAGUGGAACCUCUGAUCGAGUUCCUGAAGAGCAUUGAGACCGGUUCUGUGGUUCUGAUGGCCGUCUUCGACGAGGGAUCCACAAACUUAAACGAUGAAGCCAGGGGGCUGAUUGAGGGUCUGGGAAGCUCCACCAUCCGGGCUCUGGGAUACCGCGAUAACUGGGUGUUUGUUGGUGGGAAAGGAGUAGCAGAGAAGAGCAACUUUGAGAAGUACAUUAAGAGCGACUCAUCCAAAAACAAAUACGAUAACUGGCCUGAGAUGGCGGAGUUGGAGGGCUGCAUUCCCAGAUUCCUGGAAUAAUCCGACGCCGCAGCCCGAAUCCAGGAAGUAGCAGGAGCAGGAUUGAAUGUUUGAGACUUUCUAUGGAUGUAAAACUGACCUGAUCGUUUGUCCCGAAUCUUUAUGCAUGGUUUCCUUCCAUUGGAAUCUCUUAAUCUGACUCUUGAAGGAAGCUGAAGCUGUGACACAGAGAGGAGAUAAAAAAGGAACCUGAGGAAGCAUCCCUAUAUCUCUACUGCUG